AUGCCAGACGACACUAAAUCAAACCCGCCUUUCUGGAAUCCAAGAGUAGAUCCUAGCACUAUCAAGCCCGUAGAAACCCUCACCUUCUCUAGACCCAGACCGUAUGAUUACUCUGGCGUCGCUUGGGAUCGAAAGGAUUUUUGGUAUCAAAAAGAGCCCAUGACUGAAUACUACUAUUGGAAGAAGCAAGAUGGAAGGGAUAAGAAAUAG